AUGAGUAACACAGAAAGUGAUUGGGCUCUGCGAGAAGCGCUGCUGCUGUGUGUCACAGAGACGCAGCCGUGUUCCUCCACGCCUUGUGCGUUGGCGACCUCCCGUUGUGAGGUUCAAACGACGGUGCACAGCUUCCCUGCACCUUACUAUGGAGCUGACACUCGCCGAACCGUGAGUUCUGCCGUGAAGAAGGUGAAAACGACGGUGCGUUGCACCCUGGAGGCAUUCAUAGCCUUCAUCAGCACACCACAAAAUCUGCAGUACCAGGAGGACGGUGUGCUGUGUAAUGACGUGAUUGACAAAAGGGGAGAUGCACUGCUGAUGCGCACCGUGUACCGGCACCAUCCUCCUGUGGAGGUCGUUACUCUGCGUGAGUCCAAGAUGUAUCACACCCCUGGGGCGGCUGACACCAAUGAGCCCCUGCAACGUUUUUUAAAGACUGUUGGAAACGUUUCUCACGACACUAGUAUACCUAAAAGUGAGAGACCAAAAGGCGGUGUGCCUCCCGCAUUUCCCUCCAAAGUGUAUGUGGAUGUCAUUCACAGCGUCCCGGACGAGAGAACCGUGCCCGCAUUCUCUACGACCAUGCGGGGAUGGAUGUACCUCUCUGCCUUUAUUGCCUACGAGCUGCCUGGUCCAUGUGUGCACCUCACUUUUGUAAGUGCCCCGGACGAACACGUCGCAGCCGUCACAGGAAGAUGUGAGAAGAGGAUCUCACGGAUACGCAACCUGUGUGAAAUGCUGCAGCAGAUGAUGUCAGGAGGAACACUAGCUCUUUUGCAUCAGCAGCAGCAGCAGCAGAAAGAUAAUGGGUUUUCCAGCAGCGUUGGCUCCCCGGAACCCCGCGAACCGGCCUUGCAAAGACGACAUGAACCAUGUGUGACAGGUCCUCCCACAGAGGCGCAACUUUGUGUGCUGCGCCCCCUUCUUAAGCUACACAAUGCGAAUGUGUGGCAGCACCGUGUGCAACACGAAGGCUGCGACGUUGAAGAGUGUGAGGCACGUCAGUGUAUUGCUGCACCCCCCUUCUUGAAGGCCUACCGUAUUUCGACGUAUAUUGCGUGCUCGUUGGCGACUUUUUUUUCUCUUGUUGGAGAUCCGUUGCAGGCACAUCGCUACGAUGCCUUUUUGGAACGUUCCACGGUCAUUGGUACGCAGAAGGAAGGGGAAGUAGUGUAUGGACAGUGCAAGCGGCUAGCCACGCACGCCUCCCUGCGUGAUUACUGUGUUCUUGUUACCACGGCUCUCCUCCAACCUGACCAGCUGCAUGAAGCUGAACAGCUGUUGUCUGUAGACAGCUCCGCAAUAAUGGUAUAUGUCCAAAAUGCCAUUCAGUGUAAUUACCGACCCCGCUGUGCGGGCUAUGAGCGGCAGGUGGUGUACGCCUUUGGGUACAUUGCCACAACCAACGCUGAGGACAACUGCGUGCAGGCACACCAUAUAGUGUGCAUUGACACCGUAGAUAACUCGGAUCACCGACUAGAGCUGGCGAUGAUUCAGGAGCACAUUACCCGAAUGGCGUGGGCGCGUCAGGUCUGUCAAGACACCAAGAACAAAGCAGUCACCAUUUCCCCUUCUCUAGUCUCACUCGCGCCUGCAGAGGAAGAGAAAAAUACGGUUGAUACAGCGGCAAAGGAGGAAGUGGACGCAGAAGCAGCCUCAUUUAUUGAGGUGGAAACCCUCGAAGAUGUCACUUCCAUUGUUUAUACCCACGACAGUGAAACCUGUGUCUCUCAGCAGGCUCCUUUGAACGGAUCAUUUGAGGAGCUUGAGGGAAUAUUUGAGGCACACUCCAGUGGAGUGAGGACUCCCUACCGACCUGCAUCUCCUCUACAGCAUCGCCAGGUAUCUGACGCGACAGCACACAAGCCCCACCCGACGGCGACGACGGAUUGGACCUUUUGGCCAACGCCAACAGCUGCAAAGAGGAAUCCAGAAGCAAAGACGCUGAAGGCGCCUCCUGCACAGACGGAAGUAUCAACCACCAAGGACUCCACCGUGUUACAAGAUACUCCACACCCACCAGACUUACCACGCGACUUUCUUCAGGUGGAAAUACGGUCGUGUCGCAAUCUACUGAAAUGUGGCAAACCAAAGCAGUGCGUGUUUUUUUUUAUUCUGCGCACGUCAGUCGCGUCGGUGCAGACGACACGGGUGGCGUUUAAUGGCAGCCCAGUUUUUCAUCAGGAACGUCUUCUCUUCGAAGGACCGCAAGGGGACUCGUUGACGGUGAUAGCCGUGGUGCGAACGGCCUCCGGCCGCAUGAAACGCCUUGGGAAAGCUAUCCUUUCGCUGCGGAACAUACGGGAGUCAGAACCGCACACACGGUGGGUGGCGUUAGUGAGAAAUUCUGGCACAAGUCACGCCUGCGUGCGUGGGGAGGUGUGUAUUACGCUGCGCGGCGGUGGAUCUAACGCGCGAGCCUCAGUAACGCCAUUAUCGGCGGAAGAGGAGAAAUCAUUGCGGAAACGCAUUCGCCACACCUUGAUGACAUCUGGACAACAGCAUCUGCAUCGUCUUGAGUGGCUUGUCGGUCGCUGCUGGGGAAAACCCCCUCAUGAAGUGGACGCCUUACUAGCAAGGUACCAAACGGGCAAACGCCACAGCAAGGUCGUUCUCACCGUAUUUGAUGUGCAAGGACUGAUGACAGAGCAGGGGGUGCCUCUACUCAAUAGCCCAGCGUGUCAGGUUGGGUGGAGACUAGCAGUGUGCACCAUUGUUCGCGGACUGUGCCGUUACAACAAGUGGCUGUUUUCAAGGAAUCCUUUCAACUCAUGGUCGGCACUGGGGAAGCUAUUUGUGUAA